UGGCUUAGUGUGUGUAACUGUGCAUCGUGAUGCUUUGCUUGUAGGUGCAAAGAGAGAGGAGUUAAAGGGAAAGCUUGUGGACAUGCACAGGUACUGAGGGAAUUUCUGCAGUGAAGGGUGACAGCAGCUGUCAGGUAGGAGGAAUACGUGUGUCGGUGUGUUGUGUGCCUGCAGUGAAGGAUUGUAGCGUUGUGCUUUAUGAGUGCUCUGUGGGAAUACGGUGUACCGUUGUGUACUUCCAGGGACUGAUGAAUAAUCAGAGGGGUUUGCACAUGCCGACACAAAAGCUAAUGCCAAGUGUUGUCUUCCUACGUUGAGUGUCAUACAGAUGAUUGAUGGUGGAGAGAGAAUUGACUGCACAUCUGCAAAGUAGUCAGGCAUGCGUGUGUACAUGGGCAGUUGUUGGAUCUUUCGACACUCUUUUAACCCUAGCUCACUGUAGGUUGGCUCUACCGUUGCGUGUGUACCGGUAGCUGGUGUAAGGGAAGUGCCUACUGUAUGUGAGGUCAUUGAUAGUUACCCUGCCUGUGUGGAGAUACUGUAGCUUUUCUCUCAGCCUGCAGCUAGGAGACAUUAGGAAGUGUUGGAAGACUAAAGAUGGCUCCUGCCGGUGCUUUCUGGGUGCUGCUAGCCGGUUUCCUGUUCAUAUCGAGAAGUGGCGGAGAUGAGGAUUCAUCCAGGGAGCUUGAGUGUAAAAUGAAGAGCAUCACGGUCUCAGCUCUCCCUUUUCUCCGAGAGAACGACCUCAGCAUCAUGCACAGCCCCUCUGCCUCCGAGCCCAAGCUUCUCUUCUCCGUCCGGAACGACUUCCCCGGGGAGAUCGCAGUAGCUGAUGAUUUGGAGAACACGGAACUGCCUUACUUUGUGUUGGAAAUUGCGGGAAACACAGAUGAUAUCCCACUUGUUCGCUGGAGACAGCAGUGGCUUGAAAAUGGGACUCUUCUUUUCCAUAUUCAUCACCAGGAUGGCUCAUCAAACUUGCCAGGUCAGGAAGCCACCGAAGAACCUCAAGGUGAGGGAGCUGAAGAGGAAUUACGGAUACUGCACAUUUCAGUCAUGGGUGGAAUGAUUGCCCUCCUGCUGUGCAUCCUGUGCCUUCUCCUUAUUUUAUAUACUAGACGACGCUGGUGCAAGAGGAGACGUGCACCCCAGCCCCAGAAGAGUGCAAGUGCGGAAGCCGCCAAUGAGAUCCACUACAUCCCUUCAGUGCUUAUUGGAGGUGGCCAUGGACGAGAGAGUCUCCGGAAUGCGCGUGGACAAUCCACCCAUCCCGGUGGCACGCUUGGGAUCCGUGAAACCCCUAUCCUUGAUGGUUAUGAAUACGAUGUCACUGAGCUGCGUCAUCAUCUCCAACGGGAGUGCAUGAAUGGUGGGGAAGAUUUUGGCAGCCAUGUGUCCCGUACUCUGGACUCCCUUCAUGGAUGCAAUGAUAAGAACACCAUGGACCUCACUCCUGUCUUUGCUUUGAAUUCUGCCUCUUCAGGAGGCGAUAACGCCAAGAUGUCUCUGAUGAGCAAGUACAAGGAAAGCAUGAUCUCGAACAAUCCAGGGGACCCCAACCACCAGCCCACUACCCUGCUGUCCCAUGGCGCUUCCAGCCAGCAUAAACGAAUCAACAGCAAGUCGCGAGCAGGCUCAGCCUUUCUGAACCCCGAAGGAGACUGUGGAGGGGAGAUGGAUAGUGAAACUCAGCUAACCUUCUAUACAGACCCUUCUCGGAGUCGGAGACGCAGCCGAGUUGGAUCACCACGCAGUCCUGUCAACAAGAUGACUUUGACCCUCCUCAGUAUCACCAGCUGUAUUAUCGGCUUGGUUUGUUCUUCACAUAUCAGUUGUCCUUUGAUUGUUAGGAUUACACUUCAUGUUCCAGAGCAUCUUAUCGCUGAUGGAAGCCGUUUUAUCCUCCUGGAAGGCAGCCAGUUAGAUGCCAGUGAUUGGCUGAACCCUGCACAGGUAGUUCUCUUCUCACAAAUGAACUCCAGUGGUCCCUGGGCCCUAGACCUUUGUGCCAAAAGAAUUCUGGACCCUUGUGAGCACUUAUGUGACCCAGAGACAGGAGAGUGUUUAUGUCAUGAAGGUUAUAUGAGGGAUCCAGUGCACAAGAACCUCUGUAUACGGAAUGAAUGGGGAACUAACCAAGGCCCCUGGCCAUACACCAUGUUCCAGAGAGGAUUUGAUCUGGUUCUAGGCGAGCAGCCAGCAGACAAGAUAUUCAGAUUUACUUAUACAUUGGGAGAAGGUAUGUGGCUUCCUCUCAGCAAGAGCUUUGUCAUACCCCCUGCUGAACUGGCCAUUAAUCCAUCAGCCAAGUGUAAAACAGACAUGAGCGUUAUGGAGGAUGCUGUUGAGGUCAGAGAGGAGCUUAUGACCUCCUCCUCCUUCGAUAACCUUGAGAUUCUGCUAGACUCCUUUGGACCAGUCCGGGAUUGCACCAAAGGGAACGGGGGCUGCAGCAAGAACUUCCGAUGUGUUUCGGACCGCAAGUUGGAUUCCAGUGGCUGUGUGUGCCCGCCAGGACUUAGUCCUAUGAAAGAUAUGUCUGGCUGCUACAAUCGGCAGGUCGGAGUUGACUGCUCGGACGGCUUCAAUGGAGGUUGUGAACAGCUGUGCCUUCAAAAAGAAGUCCCCUUUCCAGAUGACCUACAGAUGUAUAACAUCUUAAUGGUUUGUGGCUGUAUUGAAGACUAUAAACUAGGCCCAGAUGGAUUGUCAUGUCAUCUGGUCACAGAAUCAUGUCCAGGCGGAGCUCAUUGUGGGGAAAGUCCCGAGGUGCCAAUGAACCAGACACUAUUUGGGGAGCUCUUUUAUGGUUACAACAAUCGAACCAAAGAGAUAUCACCAGGCCAGCUGCUGAAAGGAUCAUUUAGACAGAAUAAUUUUGCCCGUGGACUGGAACAUCAGCUACCAGAUGGUCUCAUUGUAUCCACCGUACCCUCAGAAACCCAAUGCCAUGAAGAAAUCUCAGAGCCGGUUCCUGACCCUGAUUUUCUGACAGGCAUGGUCAACUUCAGUGAGGUCACUGGUUAUCCUUUAAUUCAGCACUGGACCGUACGAUCUGUUAUGUAUCAUGUUCGGCUCAACCAACCAACUGUCUCCCAAGCCUUCACUCAUGUUCUUCAUGCUCUUGAUGGAGCUACGUCCCGACUAGAAUUCAUGCCUCUGUUAGAACAGUUUGGGAACCAUUACAUUCAGGAGGCGGUAUAUGGAUUUGAGGAAACCUGCUCUAUCUGGUAUCCCAACCGGCAAGUGCAAAGACAACUCUGGCUUGAAUUUGAAGAUAUAAGCAAAGGUAAUACACCAUCGGAUGAGUCUGAGGAACGAGAGAAAGAACCUAAAGUGUUGACAUUCCCUGAGUACAUCAACAGUCUUCUUGAUACUGGCACCAGGCGACUGAUUCAAGGUUUACGUAUGGAGUGUCAAAGUCGUGGACGAUGCUCCUCUUAUUGCCAGCUGUGCCAUGUUACUUCUAGCCCAGAUGCUCCACCUGAACCUGUUCUUCUAGAAGUCACAAAGGCAGUUCCGAUAUACGAGCUGGUGACAGGCAACAAUGUUACCCAGCAGUUGCUGCAGGAAGCCGUGCUCAGCUCUCUUUGGUGCUCAGGCCGUGGUGAUGUGAUUGAAGAUUGGUGUCGAUGUGACUCUACAGCAUUUGGUGUUGACGGACUUCCGAAAUGUGCUCCUCUACCACAACCAGUGUUGCAUCUGUCUAUGCUGCAGGAGCCCAGCAGUUCCCUCCUGGUGCUUGAGUGGACGCAUUAUGAAUCCCCCAUCGGAGCACGGAUAGCAGAUUAUCUUAUCAGCCAGGAGAAGGCUACUGACAAACUGGACCAUUCCAAAAUGGAAGCAGAGACUGUUCUAAGUUUCGUGGAAGAUAUUAUCUCAGGAGCAAAAUCUCCCUGUGUGAUGCCAGCCCAAGUACCCGACAAACAUUCCACCGUUAUAUCGAUCGUGGUCCGCUGCCUGGCGUCUGACACUUCUUACACGUUCACAUUAUGGGGAGUUGACAACACAGGCAGACGUUCUGAGCCGAGUCAUGUCACUGUGCGAAUGCCCUGCCCUGAGGUGGAUGACGUAAAGUCGCAAGAGGUGGCUGAUAAAAUCUACAACCUCUUCAAUGGUUAUACUAGUGGGAAGGAGCAACAGACAGCGUACAACACCUUGCUGGAACUAGGGUCCCCCAGUCUGCACCGUGUACGGUUCCACUACAACCAGCACUUCCAGAGUUUCGGAGAGUUUACCUGGCGUUGUGAGGAUGAACUAGGACCCAGGAAAGCUGGCUUGGUUUUAUCUCAGCUAGAAGCCUUGAGUUCACGAUGCAGUUUUCUUCUUGGCGAGCCGAGAAUCAGCCUACGGCGCUCUUCCCUGCAUUACUUAGCCUGUCGCUACAGUGAGCCCAAGCCUAAUGCAGUGAACUGGACUGAACUGAGUAGAGACCUGAGGAAGAACUGUGAGGAACAAGUACUUAUAGUCUUGAGCAAUGAUUAUGGAGACAGCAAAGACAACUGA